AAACGCAAGUCCCCUGAAUCUUACGCAACUUUGCGUUAGAUCGCAACUCUGUUGCAGAAAAGAGAUGCGUUUGAUUUCUAACGCAUCUAUCAAGCGCAACUCUCCUUGAUCAAACGCAACUUUGCGUUUGAUCAGUGAUCAUACGCAAGUUGCAGUAAAUCCAUAGCAACAACAUGGCAGCCAUACUAUUAGCAGAAGCUGAGGAAGUGCAGCCACAUCCUGGCCGAGUGAUAAGGGAUAGGGACCAGCCCCUCGACUCUCUUUCUGAGACGCAGUUAGUUAAGAGAUACCGAUUCGGUCGCGAGGCAGUUUUCUUCCUAAUCAAUCUACUCACCAAUCAAAUCGCACCACCAACGGAACGCAACAAGGCAAUCCACCCCACACUACAAGUUUUGAUAAGCCUUAAUUUCUUCGCAACCGGAUCGGUCUUGGAAAGUGAUGCAAACAUCCAUGGCAUUCACCGCAGCACUGUGUCUAGGAUAAUCCACAGGGUCUCUCAAGCCUUGUGUGGUCACAAGAGCCAGUUCAUCAAGUUCCCCAGGACUGAUGCCGAAACAGCCGCCAAUAUUCAGGAUUUCUAUAGAAUCGCAGGCUUCCCGAGAGUGGUAGGGGCUGUUGAUGGCACGCACGUGUGCCUACAUGGCUGCCCAUUAGGCCCAGAUGAAUACGUUUACACCAAUCGAAAGGGCAGGUCUUCCAUCAACGUCCAAUUGGCUUGCAACGCAAAAUUCCAGAUAAUAAAUGUCGUUGCGAGAUGGCCGGGGAGUACCCACGACUCCAGGAUUCUUCAGAAUAGCAGACUGUACCGCAAGUACAAUAAUGGAGAACUGAAAGGGAUCAUCCUCGGUGACUCUGGUUAUCCCUUGAUGACAUGGUUAAUGACCCCCAUCCUUAAUCCACAGACACCAGAAGAACAAGCCUACAACAAUAAAAGAUUCAGACAGCCAGCAGCAGACGAUAAUGAAGAUGACCACAUGAUCGAUGACAACAUGGAAGGAGAAAUCAACAGGAAAAGGGGAGAUGCAGCAGCCAUCGCUGUCCGGGCCCAGAUCGUACAGUCUUUUGUUGUGUAG